AUGAAUACCAAUAAUAUCAAUACUCCAUUGUCAAAUCGAUCCGACGGUAAUGAUUCGGGAUCGAUCAUUCCUUCGAUGUAUCCGUCGACUCCAGCAGCACCCGGAAACAAUUAUUUAUCACACCGGACGUUUAUUCCGCCAACCCCAGGGUCUGUCAGCUCAGACAUUGAUACAUCGAAUCUUACAUCUAUUCAACAAAAUGAUCCACGAAGAAAUAUCAUUCAACAACUUGCACUUCUACUGCAUGCACAUAAAUGUCUUCAACGCGAACGACAAGCGCAAGCUUGCAAUGGAGAUAAUCAUGGAACAGCACCGACAACGACAUCAUUGAAUCUUUGUACAUUACCACAUUGUGCGACAAUGAGGACAGUGCUUCAGCAUAUGACGAAAUGUGCUGAUUUCAAAAAUUGUACAUUUAAUCAUUGUGUUCAAUCACGUCAUAUAAUACUCCAUUGGAAAAAUUGUACUACCCCAAAUUGUUCCAUAUGUGGAACAUUAAAAAAGCCAUCAGCACUUCGUCCACAGAACUUCAUUCCCAAAGAAUGGCAACAACAAUUGCACACCGAUCAACGAAAUCAUUUAGUAAAAAAAAUUGUUGCAGCACUAUUAAAUACUGUGCAACAAGAUGGCCGUUCUCUUCCACCUGAUCGUCUGUCAGCAGUUACAUCCUAUGCUCAACAAACCGAAGCAGAAACUUUUAAUACAGCUAUCAGCCAUGAAGACUAUUUCCAUCGUCUGGCUGAACGUAUUUAUAAAAUACAAAAAGAUUAUGAAGAAAAACAUAUGUCGAAGAAGCAGCAAAUCUUAACGACAACAUUGACAUCCAUAGAUAAAUCAGCUGGUGAACAAGGUCCACCAAAUCGUAUUGCGCCACAAUCAGAUUUCCCACCCUCAUUUCUAUCAUCUUCCUCAGCAACGCCACAAAUCAAGUCAGAAAAUCAUACUCCGAAUCCCACACAAUCAGUCUCCUUUGAUACGCAUCGCAUUUCGACUGAUAGUCUCAAUCGAAUGACUAUAAAUAACAAUACUUCAAAUACAACUAUCCAUUCAGAUACCAAUGGUACACAUGCUGAUGUAAAACCAAUUAAAUUAGAACAGAUAUCACCCAAUCACGAUACCAAAAUUCAAGCUAACACUACUACGAUGACGACGAUUAUUAAAAAAGAAGAAACUAUUAGUACGAGUGAAACAGCAGUCAAUGGUAAUAAUAUUACAACAACGACUGUUGAAUUGAUAAAAAGUGAAAAAACUGAUAUUGAAACAACUCAACCGAAUCGUCCACCACCGAUUGAUGCUGCAAGUAAACUAUUGCAGAAACAUCCAGCCGCAUUUUCUCCAGAGGAUAUACGAGAGAAAAUGACACCUGUACUUCGGCAGUUAUACGAUCAAGAAGAAGGUAUUUGGUUUCGUCAACCGGUUACAGAAGCGAUUGCGCCUGGAUAUUUUGAUAUAAUUAAAUAUCCAAUGGAUUUCUCAACAAUAUUCACUAAAUUAGAUGAACUGAAGUAUACGACACCGUUUCAAUUUUGCGAAGACAUUUGGCUUGUAUUUACGAACACUUGGACAUUCAAUAAGAGAAGUCAAAAAGUGUAUAAAGCCGGCCUUAAGAUUUCUGAAAUGUUUAUGGAACUAGUUGAUCCUAUUAUGAAAGAUUAUGGUUAUUGCUGUGGACGUCAGUAUGUUUUCUUACCAUCAGCCAUGUUCUGUUAUGGAGUCAAUGGUAUGUGUUGUACUAUUGCGCGUGAUGGUGAUUAUUUCGUUUAUACUAAUCCGGAUUCAUCAAGAAAUAAUCUCUCCGGCGAUAAAUAUACAUUUUGCAAGAAAUGUUUCGAUUCUGUUAAGUCAGAAUAUAUCUUAGUUGGCGACGAUCCCGCUCAAACCUUAGCUGAAUUACCUAAGGUCGAAUUUCAACAAGCGAAAAAUGACCAUCAAGAGCAAGAAGCCAUGACGGACUGUAUCGUUUGUUCACGACGUUUUCAUAAUAUCUGUGUUCUCUAUCACGAACAUAUCUGGCCUGAAGGUUAUGUAUGUAAAACAUGUGUAAAUCAGUACAAUAUUAAACGAAAAGAAAAUCGUUAUUUGGCACACAAGUUAACAAUGACUGAUUUAGCAAAUGCAUUAGAAAAACGCGUUAACGAUUUUCUUCGAAAAGAUUGUGAUCCUGAUACAGGUCGUGUUACCAUACGAGUAUUAGCUGCAAGUGAUCGUAUAUGUGAAGUAAAACCAAGAUUAAAGAAACAUUUUGGUACACAAGUACCAGACGGCUAUCCCUAUAGAACGAAAGCGAUAUUCGCAUUUCAAGAAAUCGAUGGUGUCGACGUUGUUCUCUUCGGAAUGCACGUUCAAGAAUACGAUAGUCGAUGUCCAGCACCAAACGCCAGACGUGUUUACAUCUCCUAUUUGGAUUCAGUACAUUAUUUUCGACCGAAACACAAGCGAACGGCGCUUUAUUUCGAGCUUCUCAUCGGCUAUCUGGAAUAUGUUAAACAAUUAGGAUUUGCUUAUGCACACAUUUGGGCAUGUCCACCAAGUGAAGGCGAUGAUUAUAUCUUUCAUUGCCAUCCAGCUGAACAACGUGUGCCAAAACCUAAGCGUUUACAAGAAUGGUAUAAAACAAUGUUGGAUAUUGCUGUGAAUCAACGAGUCGUCGUCGAUUACAAAGACAUUAUGAAAGACUGUACUGAUAGCGGCGUGAACAAAGCAUCGGAUCUUCCAUAUUUUGAAGGUGAUUUUUGGUCUAGUACAAUUGAAGAUUUGCUGAAAGAACUCGAUACCGAAGAAGAAGAUCGAAGAAAAUUCGAAGAACUUGAAGCAGUCAAAGCCUCAGAUGAUGGCUGUUUCGACGAUCCAAUCGAGCCUGAAGAGCCAACUGAAAUAUCGGAUAAACGUAAAUCAGGUGGUGCGACAACACAUAAGAAGAAGAAUUUUAAAAAAACAGCUGGUCAACGACGAAUAGCACGAAAAAAUAUGUCGAAUGGCACAGAUCUAAUCACGAAAAUCUAUGCAAUGAUGGAAAAACAUAAAGAAUCAUUCUUUGUUGUUCGUCUACGCAAUCCUAUGUCCAAUCCAGCAACGUUAACCGAUACAGAUCCAUUGAUUCAAUGUGAUUUAAUGGAAUCUCGUGAUGCUUUUCUUAACUUUUCUCGUGAUAAACAUUGUGAAUUUUCUUCAUUACGUCGUGCCAAAUAUUCAACCAUGGCUUCACUAAUUGAAUUGCAUUCAUCAACAGCAGAUAAAGUUUCGUAUACAUGCAAUUCAUGUCGACAGUUAUGUGAUAUUCGAUAUCAUUGUACCGUAUGCGAUGAUUAUGAUCUAUGUAGUAAAUGUUACACAACAGUUAAACAUGAACAUCGCAUGGAUCGUACAGAUGAUAUGAGUGAAACACCAGCUAAUUCAGAUACACCGUUAACAACUCAACAACAGCGACAAGUCAUGAUGCAACGACAAUUAGAUGCCAUACGUCAUGCAGCACAAUGUCGGAAUGCGAAUUGCAUAUUCAAAAAUUGUGCACCAUGUCAAAGAUUACUUCAACAUGCGAAGGAAUGUACGAAACCAUCAAGAAAUCAAUGUCCACUGUGUCAUAAACUUAUAUCACCCAUUUGGUAUCAUGCGAAAACAUGUAAUGAUCAAAACUGUCCGCUACCCUAUUGUGCAAGCUUUAAAAAUAAACUUCAACGACAACGUGCAGCAACUAUGCAAGCAGAUCGACGACGUAUCAAAGCAAUGCAUCGGGCCAAAAUGGCGCCAGGACCAUCUCCACUCAGUACACAAAAUACGGAGCCUGCACCUACACAGUAUCAUCAUCCAAUGGAGUCCGCCUCGCCAAGCUCAUCUGGUAAAAUGAUGCCCUCAGGUGGUAAAGGCGGUAAACCUGCGUCGAUGAGUGGAUUAGUGCGAGCUAACCUAUCUUCUCAGCAAGUCUCUUCACAGCACUCAGUUUAUUACAACGGUGGCAAAGGCGGUCCAGGAAAUGGUGCGUAUCCCAUGAUGAUGUCUCAUCCACAGCAAUCUUCACAGCCAUGGAUGACACAACAACAACAACAACAUCGAUAUGGAUCACAUAUGGCCAGUGGUGGUAAACCAAUGGCUUACACUCAGCAAAGAAUGCCAUAUGGUGGAGAUCCGUAUAUGAUGCGACAACAAACCCCCCAAGUGCCAUCAACAUCUUACCCGUAUCCAUCAAAUAUAGCUCCACCAGGCUAUCCGCAUUCUCAGCUAAUGGAUCCCAAUGCAAUCGCAGCAGCUCGUGCUGGUAAACCUAUGUUACCUCAGCAAGUGCCACAGCCACAACAGCAACAAGUACCAACACGAUAUCCACUGAACUCCUAUUAUAGUCAUCCGUCAUCAAUGUCUUACCAACAACAACAGCCACCGCAAAUGCAACAACAACCGCCCCAUCGAUCGCUUUCUCAAGGCCCAACUCCUGCCUAUUCGAUGCCAUCUACUCCAGCACCGUCAAACGGUGCUAGUUGUAAACCAAUUCUUCUCGAUUCGCUCGAAUCAAAACCUGAUGAUCUCUUAGAUGAUCCAUCGAAACAACAACAACAACAACUACAACAACCACAACAGUCACAGCAACAGCAACAAAUGUUCCAUUCACUUAUUCAAUCUCGUUCACGUUCACAGACUCCUUCUUACUAUCCAAAUAUGUCACCAGCUAAUGCUUCUUAUUAUUCUCCUCAACGUCCAAUGACACCCACAGGAGAUUAUAGUAUGGUCCAAGCACGUGGUAUUCGACCGCCACCUCCUGCUGCCUAUGGAACUUUAACUGUUCAGCAGCGUAUCCGAACUCCACUUGCUCCGCCGAUGUCAUCUGUAACGAGUGAUCCAUCAAUGGGUAUGACACCAAAUCCUAUGGGACUUCAGUCUACUCCACCUCCACCUUCUGUAACGCCUCGUUAA